UUCCCAUGCUAAUGCUCUGCUCGCUGUUGUCCCUUUUCCAACCGUCUGCUCUGUGCGGUAGUUUUUUUUUUUCCCCCCACACUGCUUUCCGGUCACUCCAUGUAGAGGUGCUGCUGCUCUACCGACGACUCACCAACACGGCGACGGUACGACCGGGAGCUUUGUCAUACCUACCUUUUGGCUUCUAACCUCAACACCAGCAGCCCAGGUGAGAGACUUAAAAAGAAGACACUCAAGAGAACCAAAAACCAACACCGAGACUUGUCUACCUACCGGCGUCAAACGGGGUUGGCGUUUGCUCACGGUGGGUUUUUUUUUUUCCACCACGGAAAAGAGGAGGAGUCUGUUCGGUCGCGAAGGAGGAGACCAGUCGAUCGGAUUCCACGGUCGCUCGGUUACACGGUUAUUGUGGCUCAGCACUGUAGUUGUUGUUUUUUUUUUUUUUUUUAACAACCCCCGUUGUCUUGUUGUAAACCUGCUGGAUUGAUACCACAUCCUCACCGCAACAUCUGUACUCAGAAAAAAAAAGUGUCCGGAAGAGUUUCGCCGGACCCAGAAAGGAGCCUUACCCACACAGCGACAUCGAAACUCGCGGGAACAGCGGGCGGUGACGCGGUGACGCGGUUGUCGAAGGAUUCUGUGGUAAAUCCAUGAACAGGAUCCUUUCUGCCUGAAGGCAGCAAUGGAAGUUGUUGUGGCAGAGGAAAAGAAGAAGAUUUUCCGUGCCAGGAAAACUAUGAAAAUUAGUGAUCGUCAGCAACUGGAGAGCCUUCACAGUACUUUGAUAACAGCGACUCCGGGUUUGUCGGAAACCUCUUCGCCGCCUCUAUUGAACGGCAUGCACAAAGAGGAUGGACCAAAGGCGGGAGACAAGGAGCAAAACAAUGUCUCUGACUCAAACUCACCCCGAACUGCAUCGCCUUCCUCUCCGACACUGAGCUCGCCUGCUCCUUUCCUAUCCCUGAACCUGUCCCCUUCCCCUGCCUCUUCUCAAAGUCCACCAGCAAAGGAUGCUCCUACUAGUCCCACAUCACCAUUCCACUCUCUGAACUUUGAACUGAAAAAGAUGGAGCAGGACGGGGACGACGAGGACGAGAAGAAAGGCUCUUCAUCCUCCUCAUCAAAGGAGUCUGUUCCAACAGCAUCAACAGAAUCCAAGGAAAAUCAGGAUAAAGACAAUGAGGUGAUCAAGGAAAAGGAGAAAGUCACUGCAACAGAUAACCCAGCUGUGGAUUUGGCGAAGGAUUGUGAUAAAGGUUUGGAUUCAAGUGUAUCUGAGCCACCUCCAUCAUCUGACUGUACAGAACCAAUGGAUACAGACAGUGACACAACAAAGGCCAAGGACUCGGAGACUUCCAAAGCCAAAAUAAAAGAUGUCCGUCUUUUAUCUUGGCCUUCCUCCAAAAACUCUACCACUUCUGAUUCCUCUCCUCCUUGUCCUUCUUCGUCUCACCCAGCUUCCUCUUCUAAAGUGGAACUGAAACAAGAGAAGGAUAUCAAAAAUGAGAAGAUAAAUGUAGAAGAGGUCAAGAAAGAGCGCAAGGAGAAAGGCUCAGCAAGUGAAGAAAAGAUGGAGGUGAAAGUAGAGACCAAAAAGAAAAAAACAGAAACCACAAAGCCAUCUCGGCCUUCAUCCACUCCACCCUCUAAUACAGCAGUGCAAGAGGAGAAAGGAUCCACCUCUGGACUGAAGCGCACAUUAUGAGGAGACGAAAAUGAUGGACAAGCUGUAAAAAGAGAGGGGAAGAGGCCCAAGGUGGAGCGUGAGGAGCUGGAGGCACAACUGGAACUUAAAAUCACUGCAAAUGCUGCGGGUCACCAUAAACUAGAACAGAUUGUGCAGCAGUUGGUGGAUGAACGGUUGAGAGUCCUGGAAAUGACUAUUUUCGACAAACAUUUCGAAGAGCUGAAGACCAGAGUAGACAAAAUUGACUGUGCCACUAAACACCAAACUGCGAUUAACACACUCCAGGCCAAGAUUGCGCGACUGGCAAAGAAAUUUGGAGAGGCCAAUCAGGCGUCGGAGAACAAAAGGAAAAAUGAGGCGCUGGCUGCUGCUGCUGCUGCUGCUAAUGCUGCCAACGCUGCCAAAACUACAACAGUUUCAACCAACCCUCAAGCUCAACGGCCUCUCCGGGCGCCCAUGGAGGUAAAGCAGGCUCAAACCGUUCCUUCGUCCAGCACCACUGCCUCUUUAGCUCAACCAGUCCCCACUGCAGCUUCAGUCCAAACACCCACCUCCACUGCUAUGGUUACGCAGGCCCCCAUCCUUCAGCUGAUCACCUCCACCUCUAAUGCUGCCUCCAGCUUGGCCGCUGGCAUCACCACUCAGAGUCCCACGGGCACCUUGCUGCUGAAGACGGCCUCUGGGAGCAGCAUGAUGACCACUGGCCAGCCACUCCUCAUCCAACUGCCUUUAUCAAUGGCUAAUGGCCAGGCAGGAACUCUGGUCAACAUUCCCGUCUCCUCUUUAACUGCAGCUAACUCACUCACUAAGGCCAAGACCACUUCUUCCACCGCCACUUUUAUACUCAAGCCUGCUUCAGCCAUCACCACAGCAGCAGUUUCUGCUUCAACAGUUGCAACUGUCCCAGCACUCCAGGCCGGUCAGAUGUCAUCCACUCAGAUCUCUCUCGCCCGUGCCGUAUAUCAGGGAGGGGCCGGAGGGAUAAUGACACCUAACGCAGGGGUAUCCGUGACAACAGCCAGGACAUCGUCUCAGUCUGUCUCUGUAGCAGGAGCAAUGUCUUCAGCCUCUUCACCUGCAACCUCUGGGCCGGCAGCAACGGGGUCGACGGCUCCUGGACCACCACAAGGGACAUCUCUGACGUCAAAGACAGACAACCAGGCUUCAGGAUCCACUCCAUCCAAAGCAGCUCCUCCAGCAGGACGACCCAAAGGCUCUGUGAUCGACCUCACUGAGGACGACGAUGAUGUGCAAGUCACAGGAGUGAAGAAUGCCACUCCUGCAGCUGCGUCGCCCUCCCAGCGUCCUACCCCAGUCAUCUCUAUUCCUAUGAGUGCAGGAUCGAGGUCGUCCCCUCAGAUCGCCCAGAGCUCCCCCAGCACUCCUAAGUUGACAGUCCACCACCGCCCCCCUCUGGACUCUCCUGUAAAAGCCCGCACCGCCCCUACUACACCAUCUAGGAACCCCAACCUGCCCCCUCUCCCAGCUGCCCCCGCACCUCCUCGCUUACCCCCUGAGGCGGAGCGGACCUCACCCCCUCAGCAGCCUCAGCUGAAGCUUGUGCCAAGUCAGACUGGUGGGAUUGUGCUGUCCUGGUGCGUGGCAGAAACGGAUCAGACCUGUGCCACUGUGGACAGUUAUCACCUUUAUGCCUUCCAUCAAGACAACUCGAGCAGCAACGCAGCGCAGCAGCACUGGAAGAAGAUCGGGGAGGUCAAUGCCCUUCCUCUGCCAAUGGCCUGUACACUGACUCAGUUCCAGUCGGGCUCCACUUACCAUUUUGCUGUCAGAGCCAAAGACAUUUACGGGCGCUUUGGCUCCUUCUGUGAACCUCAGUGCACAAAUGUCAUCACUGCAAACUCCAGCUGAAAAGUAAAGGAAUUAAAAUAAUGUUUGCAUUUCAAAGUUAAUGACUUUCUUUGUUUCUUUUCUUGUGUUAGGAACUCAUUUAUUGUGCGUUGAACACUUACAGUAACUGUAAAUAUCUCUGCGUAACAACUGGACUUCUAACAGAUUUGGGGGAACGAAGAGGCAAACGGUUGGAUUUGUCUGGUUAAUGUAUGUAGUGUAUUUUUUUGUGACUUAAACUGUUGUGUAUAUAAUUGAAUUACUUUGCCCUUCUACAAAGUCAGAUAUUUAUGUUGUUGACUCCUGUUACUCUGACCCGGAUGUCUCUCGCUUUACUUGAGUAUAGGUGACAGGAAUAUCCAUGUAAACUCAGAAUUACACAGAAAUGUAUAAAUGUGUGGUAGAAACUGAAUGAUAACUUUUGUAAGCUUUGUCUGGCAACCAGACUUUGAAAAUCACAAUAAAAGGUUUUAUCAAA